CAAGCUACUACUCGACCCUCCCCCCCCCACCAUGUCACUCAGAACAGCCCUCCGAGCCGCGUCCCGCGCGCGCGCGCAGCUCCAGCCUGUCGCCCGGCGCACAGCGAGCUCGUCCACAAGGGCGGCACGGACGCUCGACUGGCGUGUCGGCGCCGUUGUUGCCGUCGGCGCGAUGACCGCCGCGUACGCCCUCUCCUCGCCCACCCUCCUCGACGCCAAGUCCAAGGCCCCCAAGUCGGCCGGCAUCUCGUUCGACGAGGUCCAGAAGCACAACUCGCGCGACGACUGUUGGGUCAUCAUUGACGGCAAGGUUUACGACGUUACCGAGUUCAUUGAGAUUCAUCCCGGUGGCGCGGGGAUCAUUGUGGCGAACGCGGGCAAGGACGCGACCAAGAUCUUCAAGCCCCUGCACCCGAAAGACGCGCUCGACAUGCUCCCGAAAUCAAAGCACCUAGGCCCCGUCGAUCCCUCGACCCUGCCAGAGGUGGACGACGAGCCGACCGACGAGGAGAAGCGCAUCGAGGCUGCGCGUGCCCUCUUGCCGCCGAUCGACAGCAUGCACCUCCUGGACGACUUUGAGGAGUGGGCCGAGAAGGUGCUCUCGAAUACCGGGUGGGCGUACUACAAGUCUGCUGCCGACUCUGAGACGGCGAUGGACAACAACGCCGCCGCGUUCGGGCGAUACUUCUUCCGCCCGCGCAUCCUGCGCGACAUCACACAGGGAAACCUCGAGACGGAGGUUGUCGGCGUCAAGACCGCCCUCCCGAUCUUCAUCUCGCCCGCGGCGAUGGCCAAGCUCGGCCACCCGCUCGGAGAGGUCAACUUGACCAAGGGCGCCGGUGCGGCCGGCAUCGUGCAGGGUAUCUCGAUCAACGCCUCGUGCUCCCUCGACGAGAUCAUGGAGGCGCGUGAAGAGGGCCAGAAGGUCUGGUUCCAGAUCUACCUCAACCGCGACCGCAAGAAGAGCGAGGAGCUCUUGGCAAAGGUGACGGACCUGGGCGCCGCCGCGGUCAUCUUCACCGUCGACGUGGCGUGGCAGAGCAAGCGGACGCGCGACCGCCGCUCCAAGGCCGCCGUGUCGGCGCCUAACCCCACCUCUUCCAGCUCCGAAAAGCCCGGCAAGGGCACCGCCGGCGCGCAGAACGUGGGCGUGUCGCAGGCGAUUUCCGGGUUCCAGGACCCCCACCUGGUAUGGGACGACAUCGACUUCAUCCGCCGCCACACCACGCUGCCAGUCAUCGUGAAGGGGAUCCAGAGCGUCGAGGACGUGGAGGAGUGUGCGCGCCGCGGCGUCGACGGCGUCAUUCUGAGCAACCACGGCGGACGGAGCUGCGACUAUGCGCCGGCGCCGAUUGAUUUGUUGUACGAGCUGCGCGCGCUCCGUCCAGACCUGUUCGACAAGGUCGACAUCAUGAUGGACGGCGGCGUGCGCUCCGGCGCUGAUGUCGUCAAGGCGCUCGCUCUUGGCGCCAAGGCCGUCGGACUGGGCAGGCCGUUCUUGUUUGCCAACUCGACGCACGGGCAGGAGGGUGUUGAGAGGGUGUGCGAGAUCCUCGAAGAGGAAAUCACAAACACGAUCCGUAACUGCGGCGUGUCGUACAUCAAGGACCUCAAGCCCGAGAUGGUCGGCCCCGCUGGCCCAUGGGUCGGCGCCAACCGCCCCCCUUGGCUCAAGUAGGGUGAGGUGGUGGACAGUGGGCGGAGUGCGUUUGUAGUCUUGGUUUUUGCUGCAUGUAUUGGGU